UUGCCUCACAACACACUCCAACUUGACACUACUAUUGUUUGUUUUUCGUUCUUUUGUUUUUGGAGGCAUUUUCCUCCAUUUUCCGUUGAAAGUUGAGCCGUUCUUGAGCGAAGAUGGUGGAGGAGAAGGUGGACACCGCAGAAUCCCCCAAGGGGAAGAACAAUAAGGUCAAGGUGAAGAUAGCCAAGCCCGCCAAGUCCUCGGCAACCUCGUCCAAGACUUCCGUGUCCAACCCAUCCCUGCAUUCCAUUGCCGAGCGCUUCAAGGACGUCAAGGAUGCGGCCCAAAUGGACCUGCUGCUGGACCUAGACGACAACUUCUUCGCGAGAUCGUACCUGUUCGUGCAGUCUGUGUUCACGAAGAACAGCGAGCUUGCCGCCAAGUUCAAGUACUACGUGGACAUCCUCUCCAGGCUCCACAGCCACUACGCCUCCGAGCUGGCUGAGGGCAAGGCCAUGCAGAUUAAGAUCCGAAGCGCGGAUGAAAAGCUGCAGCUGGCUCUUCGCACCACAGCCACUUCGGAGGCGAUGAUGGACCGCCUGCGGGAGUCGCUGGAGGACGCCUGGCGCAGCGAGGAUGCGUCCAAAAACCGGCAGGAGAACCUGCAGCUCCAGCUGUUGUCCUUCUCCCAAAACGAUCAGUCGUUUAUCAGGAGCACCAACCUGGAUCAGGACACCCCAAAAGGGCGGGAGGGACACAUACGAAGCAUGGUUUACCGCGAGCGGGAUCGCCUGGCGGCCGAGCUAAAGGACUACGUGAAGCGCCUUCAACUGAACCGCCUCUACGCGGAAUCCUUGGAGGGAAUGAUCGAGGCCAACCAGGAGACCAACGUGAAGCUGCGACAGCAACUAAGGAGUAUCGAGGUGGAGCAAUACCGAACGGAAAACACACACAAUCAAGAGAUUCUCAACUACGAGGAGAGGAUCACGACCUUGGGCAAGGAAUUGGAGGCCUUGUUCCACCGCAACCAGGAGCUGGUCUUUAAGGACAAGCAACUGGGAGAACUAAACAUCGCCCACGACGCCCUGAAGGUGCGCUGCGAUCGCCUAAGCCGAGAAAACGUGACCCUGUCCAAGGUGAACCACGCCAACGAGGAGGAGAGGUUCAAGUUGCAGACCAGCAUCAAGAUGCUGGAGCGAUUGAACAACUCCCAGCGUCGCGACAUGAGCGAACUGACGGCGGCCAGAAAGCACGCCGAGCGGGAGUUGAAGAAGAAGAGCGACGAGACCGUGUUCCUGGAGCGAAGAUUCCUCCAGUUGUCCAAAAAAAAUACCGAACUCCAAGAUCAGGCAUACGUUAAUAACAAUGAAAUCAAGGUGCAGGAGAAGAAGAUAGCGAUGGCCAACUCGAAACUGGACGAUGCCCUUCACCAAAGGGACGACAUGGUGCGCACACGGGAGAAGCUCCGAAUGGAGAUCACCCGACUGAACGACAUGGUCGCUGGUGUGAAGCACGAGAUGGCCGUAUUGCGCCACCAGAUGCAGGACGUCCAGGAAGACCUACACCGGGCCAACAAGCAGCUGGAUGACAAGGAGUUGCAGGUGAUGAAGGCUCAGCGCGAGAAGAGGGAGGUGGCAGCGGAGCUGAAUGAGACGUUGAAGAGGAUUGAUGGGCUGGAGGAGUCUCUGUCGAUUAAGACCGAACGCCUCGAGCUCAUCCAGUCGGAGUUGCAGCAAAAGCACCAGGCGUAUGUAAACGCCAAGAAGCAGAUGGAGAUCAUCCACUCGGAGAAGGUGAUGCUGAUGAAGACGAUGGACCUGUGCUCGCGGGAUCGCUCCACGCUGCAGAGCACGAUGGCCAAGUUGACCCACCAGAUCAACCAGUUGGCUAACACGGUAGCCCUAAACGAAAAGGAGAUAUCCGCACUCCGCAACCAGAUCGAGCAGCUGAACAGGGCCGUGAAACAGAAGCAGAACGAGAUCCAUUCGAAGGAGCGCCUGUUGGCCAGCACCCGCUCCGACUUGCGGGAGAUGAAGAUCCGGGCGGAGCAGUCGCAGCACACCAUCGACGCCGACGACCAGCGCUUCAAGACCAUGUCCUGUGCCCUGGAAGAGGUGAACAAGGAGAAGAGUUUGGUGGGUUUGCAGAUGGUCAGGCGAAACGACGAAGUGCGUCUGCUCAAGGAACGUCUGUCCAUGAUGCAGAAAGCCAUCAAUCGGGGCACCAUGCAGUACAACCAGCGCUUGGAGGACAUCCGGCUGCUCAAGCUUGAGGUGGCCAACGUCCGCAUGUCCCACGAGUGCAUGCAGCGCGAGGUGGGCAACAAGGCUUCCCUGCGGCGGGAUGUGAUUCGGCUGGAGCGCUUGCUGAAUCAAGAAAGGCUGCGGGUGACCGCCUACGGGGAGGAGCUGGCCCGCCCCUGUCGCAUUCACCGCUGGCGCGUCCUCCUCGGCAAGGAUCCUAGGCGGUUCGAGCUGCUGCGCAAGGUCCAAACCUUACUGCGCCAAAACAUUAAGCUCUCCCUGGAGCGGGAAAACAUGGCCAAGAGUCUGGAGGAGUCUAAGCGCCAGUACGAAGGCCUUAAGCGAACUAUCAAGCACAUGCCCGAUCCCAGCGUGCGGGAGAAGCUCUGUGUCCAGCAGCGGAUAAACCGCAAGCAGAGUCGACGCCUUAAGGCCGCCACUGCAGAGUUGAGGAUCAACGAGAUCGAUUUAAAGGCCCGCGAGUGCCUCAUCAAUGGCUUCCAGGAGCAGCUGCGGCAGCAACAUCAGCUCCAGAAACUGUGCGACACUGGCUGCGGGGACGGCAAAACACCCGCAGCCCCGCCUCACGACGAAAGGUUCUUGGACACCCUUUUCGACAGUUCCUCCACCUCGAACCAUGACAAAAGGUCAAAGUACUGCAAAAAGACCAUGCACCGGCCCCGAUCUCUGCCAAAGUAG